UACUAGAAUGUAAACAAACAGACAGCACAAACUAAUCUCACUUUUUUGGCAUAAAACUUUGAUCAUUAUAAUGGCUUUUUAGUGUUCAAAAUUCUUUGACAUUUUAAUUUUAACACUGCAAAUUCUAGAUUACUCCAGAGCCAUACUCAUGACACUUGCUUAUUGAAACUAAAUCGUCAUUUCAUUGCAUUUUGAUAAACCUAUUCGGCAUGUUCGGUCAUUUCUAUUUUCAGAUGGAACAUGAUCGUGCAGUAUUGAUAGUGAAACUAACUUAAAUAUCUGAUCAUGGCCUCUGAUGAUUUUUACAAAAAGAUGAUUGGAAAAGGGUUGAAUAGGGAUAAGAUUAAAUUAUGGGAGUUACCAUACACAAACAAGGAUGGAAGUGCUGGUUCUAUUCCGCAGGAGAUAAUUUCCAAAUAUGCAAAAGAGUUUAGCAUUCAAGAGUCACAAGUAUCAGCUAUUUUAGAAACAUUGAGAACCCAUGCAUUACAGAAACUGGCAGAGAUAGAGAAAUUUAAAAGUUCUGGUCUUGCAACUCUGAAGAUUAAAAUAUCAGGAAUUGAGGGACACAAGGAAAUAAUUCCAGUAGAAGUGAAUCUUUCAUGUAAUGGAGAAGAAUUACGAAAGAAAAUAAGUGAGCUAUUGGUUGAUUCAAACAAACAUUUUAAAUUGAUAUGUUCAGGACGAGUGAUUGCAGAUGAUAAAGUUCUCCAAGAACAAAAUAUUAAGAAUGGGAGUCAAAUUCUGGUGUUGUGUUUAAAAGUAACAGAGUGUGAGGCAAAGGCUGAUGAUAAAAUAUCUGCAGAGAUACAAGAUUUCAGGCAUGCAGCAGAGUUAUUAUCUAGGCGAGCUGAACAAGAGCAUGAUGAAAUGGAUAUACAGAUUGCAGACCAGUCUGGUAAACCAAUACAGCUUCCUCCUGGUGAAAAACGGGCUUUAACACUUGCUAUGGCGUUACAUGAGAAAGGGAGACAGGCGUUGAAGAAAAAGAAUGUGACACUUGCCCUACCUCUAUUACUUGAAGCAGAUAAAGAGUUUAAACAAUGUAGAGCAGAUAUUUUAAAUUCUGUUGAUAACUAUGCUAUUCUGUGUUUGGAUAUUGUCUGGUGUUAUCUUUGUCUUAAACAAGUGGAAGAUCUCCCAGAUGCUGAGGAAAGAUUACGAAGCAGUGAAAACUUUUUUGAGAAGAGCUAUGGUUCAGAUUUACAGAGGCUGAUGGCUGUUAAGGAUUCAUCAGGAGAAGAGUUAGCAUUAUUUAUGAAGCUUCAUUUGUUGCAAGGAAUUGUUGCUUUUCAUCAACAUAGAAUGCAAGAUGCUUCAAAUCUACUGACAAAGGCAGAACAAGAAUUACAGAGGCUAGAUAUAGAUGAUGAUAAAAUAACAACAGUAAUGUCUAUGGGUUUUAUGGAGGGUGAGACAAGGUUAGGUCUUAGAGCAUGCAGUGGUAAUGUAGAGAAUGCUGUAGCACAUAUCAUGAAGAGACGAGAGGAAAAGAAAGAAAAUGCCAGAAAACGGAGAAAAGAAAGACAAAAGAAGAAUCUUGUUAAACAUCUUGGUCAGACUGCUGAUGGAAACAAUGUGAAUGUAGAUGUUUAUGAGAUGUUACUAGGUAUGGGGUACCCUAAAGGAGCCUCAGCUGAAGCCCUCAGACAGGCAAAUAAUGAUCUCAACUUAGCCCUUGAGGUGCUCCAGAAUCACCCAGAAUUCCUCAGUCUACCAGAUCCAGAACCAAAACCAAAUGUACCUAUCACUGAUGGCAUGAUUGCUCAGGUAACAUCGAUGGGUUUUGAGCCUGAUAUGGCCCAAAGAGCGUUAUUGAAGCAUAAAGGGGAUGUAGCGAAAGCUAUUGAGGAGCUAGUGAGUUGUGGGGGUAACAUAUCUUCACCAGAAUCAGCUGAUCAAAGUCCAAGCACUUCAUCUGGUGCUUCCGGUUCAAAUCCUUCCGAUGAGGAAAUGUCGAACAUGAAGACACCAGAACAGUUGAGAGAAGAGAGAGAGGCUAUAGACAGACUGGUAUCAGAUCUGCCGGAAGAUGAAGAAGAUUAUCUUGAUAUAAAUCUGGAGGAGGAGAAACAGUUUCUUAAAGAAUACAAAUCACUGCUUAUAUCUUUAAAUGUUUGAUUUAUUAUUUAUCCCAACAAACUGUAGAAAUUUAAUACACCACUGAAUAAUCAGAACAUUUGUACAAGAAUGAUUGUUUUACUGCCACUAUGUUAAUAAAUAGUAUUUAAUUUAUGUUUUUUUAUAUAUGUAUUUGCUAUUAUUUUAUGGAGUUAUGGCCCUUGUCUUUCUUAUAGGUGAAAAUUUGUACUAUAAAUUUUUAGGUUUGUUGUCAGUAAAAUUCCUAUCAAGCGUCUUAAUUUAUACAUUAAACAUGUAAUCCAGCCUACCUAACUAAUUCUGCAAACAUUUUAAAAUUGUUCUGGUUUAAUUUGUUUUUAAGGAAUUUAUAAAUUCAUAAAAAAUUGAGAAUUUCUUGAGCCAAAGAUUUGGUGAUCUGGUGCAUUUUAUCUCGUUAUUUAUUGCAUAAGUAAGGUAAAUGGUAAAAUUAAACUCAUUUGUUGGGGGUUAAAAAUGUAUGUUUGGGUAAUGUAUGCAUGUCGGGGGAUACAAAAGCUAGCUGGGGUUACAAAUGCCCCAUUUAUCCACCAAUUGUAUUAACAAUGAAGGUUUUUAGGUCUGUAGCUUUUUAAAUCACUAAAUAACUUGUGAGAAUUACUUUAGUGAUACUAGUCAAGAAAUUGUAAACACUUUAAAAAAUCUGACAACAGUAACAUUUUGCAAUUUUUAUAGAAUUAUGGCCCCUACAAUGGCAAAUUAUGUAUGACAUCAAUACUUUAUAUGUUAAAUACAUAUUAAUAGUAAAUCAAAUAUUUUAUCUUAAUUUAGAAUGUCCCACAAUAACCUUUGAUAAAACAUCAUCAUUUGAUCUGAUACUUGUCUGUGGGAGUUAGUGGAUCUGUACAUGAUGAUUAUUCCUUUAUACAGUGUUCAAAUGUAACAUUUAAUUUAUCCCAUGGGUUUAUUAAUUUCCGAAACAAAAAUAACAAAUCUAUUUUAAAAUGUUGUUUAAUUGCUUGUAUAACUUAUAAAUAAAGUCAUGGGAGAAUAAAGUCAAAGAUAAUGGUUAUGUGAUGGUUGUAUUGAAACCUGUUAUGCAAAUUGUUACAAUUUUCAUAAUAAAAAUUUAUUGUU